GCGGCCUCGCCUUCCCGCCCCCGGCGCGCGGCGGCACAACGGCCGGGCCCUGCGCUCUGACGGGAGGGCGGGGGGGAGGGGAGGCGCUGGGGGGGCGUCCGCACACGUACCCCGCUCCGGCCUCCUUCACUUUUUUUGGGGCCCUCCCGUUUUUUGGGGUGUCGCAGGGACCCUGGAGAAGGAGGAGAAGAAGGGGGGUGUCUCUAGGUGCUGCUGGACCGGCCCCGGUCCCCGGCAGGCAACACUAUGGCUGCUACAGUGAACCUGGAGCUUGAUCCUAUUUUUCUGAAAGCCCUGGGCUUCUUGCAUUCAAAGAGUAAGGAUUCUGCUGAAAAGCUGAAAGCGCUUCUUGAUGAGUCUUUGGCCAGAGGAACUGACUCAAGCUAUCGUCCAUCACAGAAGGAAGUAGAACAACCAAAAGUAUCUGUUACCAAACCUAUUUCCAGUAAGCAAGAGCCUAAAGCUGCUUCUAGUUUGCCUUCUGGCAACAACAAUGGCAAGCCCACUGCAUCAGAAAAGGUGAAGAAAGAAACAGAAAAGAAAUCUUCUGAUAAAGUAAAAGCAGAUACUGUGGAAGGAGCUGAUAUGCCAAAGAAGCCCAGGCUUGAGAAGCAAGAGGCUCGUUCCUCUCCUAUUACAGUUCAGACGAGUAAAGAUUUAUCCAUGCCUGACUUAUCUAGCUUUGAGGAAACCAGUGCUGAUGAUUUUGCUAUGGAAAUGGGUUUGGCCUGUGUUGUUUGCAGGCAAAUGACAGUUAUUUCUGGGAAUCAGCUAGUGGAGUGUCAGGAGUGCCAUAAUCUCUACCACCAGGAUUGCCAUAAACCUCAAGUGACUGACAAGGAAGUGAAUGAUCCUCGACUUGUGUGGUACUGUGCUCGCUGUACCAGACAGAUGAAGAGAAUGGCUCAGAAGACACAAAAACCACCUCAAAAACCCGCUCCAGCAGUGGUUUCAGUUGCACCAGCUGUGAAAGAUCCGUUGGUCAAGAAGCCAGAAAUUAAGUUGAAACUUGAGACCCCAUCAACUUUUCUAGCCUUCAAGAGAACAGAAGUCAAGACCUCAGCAGCAGUUUCGGGGAACACAGCCAGUACAAGUGUUUCCUCUUCAGCAACCAGUGGCCUUACAGGAUGGGCUGCCUUUGCAGCCAAAACCUCCUCUGCCAAUCCAUCAACUACCAAACUGGGAUCAACAGCACAGAGUGCCAGCGGGAAACCUGCAGCUUCUUCAAAUAACCAGAAACCUGUGGGUUUGUCAGGGUUGGCAACUUCUAAAACGGGACUCGGGUCAAAAAUAGCUUCUGGUAACAACAGCACAAGCCCUGUACAGCUGAAACCUCCUCCACCUUUGACGCUAGGGAAAACCACUCUUAGCCGUUCGGUAAGCAGCGACAACGUCAGCAAAGUAGGGCUUCCUAGUCCCAGCAGUACCACACCGAGCACCAGCAGCCAGGUGAGCAGUGGGAACGGCAACAGCGGGACUGCGGGUAACAGUGGGGGCAGUGCAAGCAAAACCACAGCAGAUACUGGCAAUCAGUCAGCCUCCCUGAAAGGCCCGACUUCUCAGGAAUCGCAGCUCAAUGCCAUGAAGAGGCUACAGAUGGUCAAGAAGAAGGCUGCUCAAAAGAAACUCAAGAAGUAGUGCCACUGCUGGCUGAUUGUGUUGGUUGUGUUCUGUGAAGCAGCAGCAUUUAUGUUUCUCUUAAAGGAAAUACCACAGUUACUGGACUGAACCAGUAAUUAAAUCAGGGAAGCCCAAAACCGAUGUACAGGGGGCCAAACUUAGGUAAUCCUAGUAUUCCUUCUGACUUUACAAAUUAGGAAUUGAAUAUGCUAGAGGGAUAUUUGCUAUUACAUGCUCCUGUUUUAUAGCUCAAAGCAAUGAAACGUGAAAUUGUAAACAUUGGGUCUUCUGGAGUAUUAAAAAGAUUUAUGUGGGUACUUAAUAAAUUGGAUUUAAUGAACCUGUCAUUCUUAAUCAGUACUAUUAAUAAAAGUAUUAUUAAUCUGGGAAAUCACUACCACUUCUCUUUUACCCUGUUUUCUGAUAUUUAAAAUGCUUCAGCUCUUCAGAGUUGUGUUGUGCAGUUAAUGAAGUUUAUCCCAAAUUGUACAGUUCAUUAAGGAAAAAAUAGAUUUUUCUUUUUACUGACUUCAAAAAAUUAACUCUAUUUUAUAUCGUGAGAGUUUUAAGUGGUGUAUUUUACUUUUGUGCACUGAGAAACUUCAUCUGUCAUUUUGUUGCUGUUAUCUGAGGGAAGAGGAAAGGGUAGAAGGUAAAUGGUCCGUAACUUGUCAGAAGAGUGGAAGAGAGCCAAAACAGUAUUUUCAACCUGUAAAAAACCUUAAGGUUUUCCUGUUAUAAUGUGAAUGGAAAAUAUGUGUUGGGCAGUGUAUCUUACAAUUAAAUCCCCAAUCCCAUUGAACCACAUUGUUUUGAUAUGAGAGAGAAGGAAAAACGGAAAAACAUGAAGGGAAUCACUGUAUAUGUCAGCGCGUUAGCUCCCUUUCUGGUGCACCUUUGAUCAUGUUGUGUGCACCAAAGUAGUUGUGCCUGCUAACCUAUUUUGGAAAAUGAAGUUUACGUUCUUAACUGUUCCAGCAUAGCCUGUGUGAUUGCUAUUUGAGGUCACUGCCUUCUGAUACAAGGAGUGAGCAAAGGCAGAAAUAAUAGUUAAUGACAGCAUUGGUCACUGUUCAAUACUUCGUAUGGACAACAUCACUCUCUCUGUUUGUUACAGAGUUAUAGCAUGAGUAGGAAAAUCUUUUCUAGUAAUUUCUGGGAGAGGUAGAAACAGGAAAAGAUGCAUAUAAGUGCAUGUCUUUUUACAUGCUACUCAAAGUAGCAAAUGGAUCACAUACAUUAUGGAAGUUCAGUUCCUUUUCCCUGUUCCACUCAGUGAUUUUGUUUCUAAAAGGAACGCUACUCAGGCAUGCUUUCUGCUGGAAAACUUUGUGUUUGAAUUUGCUAGCAAAUGUUGCAGGUUUUUUUCCUAAUAGGAUAUUGAUGUUGGAUCUUUCAAGGCUUAUGGGUAGAUGGGUUUAUGUCUGGGGAGAUGUGUUGGAUUUGCAGGUGCAGUUUGGAGAGAGGUACCAGGGCAUGUUGGAGAUGGAGAAGAAUCUUAAGCUUGUAGGAAGUUGAUUGCAAUCUUCUGGCUGUAGAAGUGUAUUCACAAAGAAAUGAUAGAACACAGGCCUAACCCAGCUAUCCCAGGGCAUCUGUUUUAUCUUUUAAGUUAUAACUGGAGGAAAAACUACAAAACAACCUCCAGUUUUGGUGUGGCACAGUGUCAGAUUUGUAUUAAUGUCAAGACCCAUGGCAGCCUCACUGCUUGUAUGUCAGGUUGGCUAGCCUGCCAACGCUGUCUGAAGGUGCAAGGGCCAGGAUCUGGAACUCAGGAGGCCAAGUAUUAGGACCCAUGUAAUCCGGAAUAGAGAUCUUAAUAUGCCAUCCCACUGUCCAUCUCAUAGCAUUCAUGAGACAAAGGGUUUUUUGUUUGUUUGAUUUGGGUAGGGAUAUUCAGAAACCUUUUUCCUUUCUUCCCAACUCACAGACUUGCUUUUUUUUUCCCACCCUAAUUCAUUUGUGUAUUUAGAAGUGUCUAAAAUAGUGAUAUAUGGUAUUUUAGAUGUUAAAAUAUGUCCAAAAUAUUUCUAAUAGCAUAGAUUUUCAAAUAGAAGAGGUUAUUCAGAGAUCUGAACGUAUUCCUUUAGUCCAUCAUGGAAGUGAAUGUUCAUAUUUUGUUUUCAUAAAGAAUAAUGAAAAAAAUUAAACUCUGCAUAGGGAAAGUUUCCUCUUUAUAAUGAGUGACGUAUUCCACACACCUUUCAUGAGAACUGUCAUAUCUCUGUUUACCUUGCAUUGUUACUUAGUGUCUCAGUUCCAGGAGCAAAGGAAGCAGAUGCUGCAGGACUGUUGCAAGAGAGAAGCUGGGAUGCAUCCAGGCACUGGCAGUGUUAGAGGUAACUUGUAUCCUACAAGGAUCUUGGGGCCUCUGCCUACCUGUUAAUAAUGCUGAGAGCUUGAAAAGGGUGUGGGAGGGGGAAAAAAAACAAAAGGGGAGAGGGGGGUGUAUUUGUCUCUGUGUGGAUAUUCUUUAAGUUCAGUAUGGUAAAUUCCCACUUCCAGAGCCUUAGAUGGGAUCAGCUUGGUCUCUCUUCCCUUUGCAAUGUGUAAGCCCCCACCAGCCCCAGUGCAGUCUUGCAUUUAGCCUGGCUGCUGUUACGGUGAAGGUUUGUACACACUGUGACUGUUUCUCAGGAGCUUCUUGCUGAGACAUUUGUGUCAUUUUCCUGACUAGACCCUAGCUCUCUCACUCACAAGCUUCCCUUCAGCUCUUUCAUUUAUCCUGCUGGAUUUUGUUACACUUCUUUGAACCUGUUCCAGCCACAUGCAGGCAACAUGUAAUGCUUUACAUGCUGCUACUAAGACACAGGUACUUGAGAAAGCAUCAUAUCUUCCAGCUCUCCACUCACACCCCUGAACUGUUCUUCAUAGCUGUGCUCCCUCUGUUUGUCCCCAAUGAUCCAUGUUUUGUUCAGCUCUCAAAAACUGGAAAAGGAUCUUGAGUCUUGCUGACUGUGAUCAGCCUGUGGCAAUCCCCUCUCCAUACCCUCUGUUGAGGGGAGCAUCUCUAAUUAUGAAAGCACCUCAGAGUUUAAGAGGUACACUGUAUGGGGUGAACAAAAGCAGAAAAAAUCGAUCUUCGUUUUCAAACUCUGGUAGCUCGUGCCAUUUAAAAUGCCACUGAGACCUGAUUCAAGUGUAUCCUGAAGUUUUUACUUCUAAAACCCAGCUUGUGACAGAACUGUGGCUGGAUGUGGCAGAAAAUAAUGGGCACAACCACGGAAGUAGCUACAAAAGAACAGAAGUAACAUGAUAUUUGCAAAUUUGAAGUGUAUUUUGGAUCUCACUGCUGUAAAAGUACUGAGCAAGUUCUAACGUAUCAAUAGAUAAGCUAAGAUGUAUACCAAAUAUGCAGCAUAUUGUUUGAGGCAACUGUCUGUUUUCUCUGCUGUGCUAAUUUUGCAGUGACAGUUUUUAUAGUUGACAACAGAAGGCAGACUUUGGGUAGCAUAUAAAGCUCUUUGCUCCUGGAAAAAGUCUCGAUGUUGUUUUU